AUUUAUUAUCACCCGACCAAAAACAUCCCCAUCUUCCUCUCCUUCCCUCUCCCUCAGAGGAAAAAAAGAGAGGGGAGCCAAGAAACUAUUCUUUACGACAGCACCUCCUCUCAUGCUUCCCAUCUACUACACAGCUCCACGCAAUUUCUCCUCACGCAAACCUCCACCCUAAGAUCCCUCCACACUCUACUUACCCCUCACAAUAACCUCACCCACACCUCCACCUCCACACCAACUAUUUUUCUUUAAACAAAAAGAGGGGAAAAAAAGGAAAACAAAACCAAAAUGUCGGCCUACGCCCGCGACUCCGCAAUCCGCGAAGCAAAACUCUACGUGCGCGACAUCGUCCGCAACGACUGGACCUUCCAACCGUCCACCGACGCAGGCGCCCCAGCCUCCACCUCCCCCCCGCCACCCGACCAGGAAGUCACCGCUUGGCGACUCCGCUCAUACGACAGCUCCGGGUCGGAGCUGGAACCGCUUUCUUCGCCUACGAUUGUGAGCCCGGCGAGCGGGUAUGACUCGGCGCAGUUGGAGAGCCCGCCGAUUUUGGAGCCCGCUGCGGGGGAGAGGUCUGAGCGGAGGCGCAAACGGCGGAGGCAGAUGGAGGACGAGAUGCGUUGGAAUGAGGGGUUGAGGACGUGGGUGGAGAGGCGGGAUGCGUGGACAGGCGCGAAGUCGAGGGAGGAGAUUAUUGCGAGGAGGCAGGUGCGGAUGCAGGCGCAGGCGCAGUCUGCGGUGGAGGAAUCGGGGACGGAGAACCGCGAGGAGGGAUCUUCGCGGCCGGUUUCGGCUUCGAGUGGGGAUGGGGAGGAUUUGGCGGCGAGGACUGAGGCGUCGCUUUCUGUUGCUGAGAAGGAUGGGUCCGGUUUGGAAGGCCCUUCGGUGGUGCCUGGGUUGUCUCAGCUGGGGGAGGAGCAGAAGGAGUCGACCGAGGAGAUUGCUUUGCGGGAGACCAUGGCUACUGGUGCUGUGCCCGUGGAUGCUACGACGCCUGCACCUGCACCUGCUACGGCUGCUGCUACCGCCACAGCCUCGACGUUCGCCCACCAGGGCCCCGAAGAUCCCUUCGUCCCUGUCGUGCCUUCGUUGAUUUCCGGCUCGAACCCUAUUCGCGCCUCGAUCACCGCUUCUAUGUAUCCAUCUAUCUACUCGAAGGUAGUCGUGCAGGGCCUCACUCCGACGGUACCGAUUAAUCUCGCUGAUGUGACGAAGGCCAUGGUCCAGGGCUGGAAAUCAGACGGCCAAUGGCCGCCGAAACCAGCCAACACCAACCUCGUCCUCCAGGAUACGGCAAGCGUGCCCAAGACCGCCGAAGACGCCCAACCAUCCGGCGAGGCAGCUUCAUCGGAGUCGAAGAGGAGAUCGGGAGGGGUCGUCGGUGCAGUGCGCAAGGUGCUGAAUUUCUCAGGGUUCCAUCCGCAUCCUUUCCACCGUCGCUCGAGCCAACAGCACGAGGGGGAUGUGGUGAACACCGAGAAUCCGGAGAGGUAGAUGUCGGUUUUCUGAUUUACUACGUUUUCUUACGAAUUGCGUUACGAAAGCUACUAUCUGGGUUACGUAUGUUAUCGAUGUUGUGCAACGGAUUACUCUUUCCCUUCUGUUUCCUAAUUUUCCGCUCCUGCUGUUUUCUUUCGUUCCCUUUCACUUUCCCUUGGGUGGUACGUGUACUAGUGUAUGAUUGCAAAUAUAGGGGGUAUGUAUGAUUGACAUGGUCCGUAUCAAUGGUCUUACGUCCCCGGACUGAACUGCUCUACGCUGUAUGU